AUGAGCUUCGCCGCCGAGCUAGAGCGUGUCACGGAGAGUUUAGCAGCGCUUUGUCGAGAAAACUUUGGUCCUUGUGGCGAAGAAACGCUGCUGUUCCAAGCUCCAGAAGUUCCUCUUAUCACAAGCGAAGGGCACGCUGUUCUAGCAGCUUGGAAGCGAGGGCUGGAUGGAAAUGAUCCAGUAGCGACAUACCUGCUUGCUUCUGCUGAUAGUGUAUAUGAACAAUUAGGAGAUGCAUCAAGUGAGUUUAUUCUACUUAUAAAUGCUGCAACGAGACUUGCAGCUGAGAAAUUAAGACGAGAGCAAAGUGACUGGAACGUCGUCGGCCAUACGCGAUUAUCGAGAGCUUUUGGAGAACUUAAGUGGGAGCUGAAACGCGAGAUGGAAACACCAGCGUCCGAGCUUUCGAAGCUGAAGUUGCCUGUAUUCAUUGACUCAUCACAAGAGUUUCGAGACGCGUGUUCAAACAUUCUAAUCUCUGCCUUGCGCGGAAUGCUUGGUGAACGAGCUAUGAUGUUUUUGGUCGAUUUGAUCCUCCAGUGGCUAUCUCUUUCAUCAUGCAAAACCGCUAAGCUUUUAUACCAACGUGCACAGCAAUUUAUCAAAUGUGCACCCAACGCGAUCAUUUUCAUAGUCGCACCAUCAAUCUGCACUUCCAAUGUAGUUCCUGAAGAUGAAUUUAUUUUGAAAAAGUCGAUCGUGACGUCGCAACCUCUGGAUAUACUCGAUAGAUGUCGAAAAACAGUUCGAUUUGCUUGCUUUACAUGUCCUCUCUCGCUGUCUUCUGGAUCAAAUAGCGUUGAGCUUGCAACGACCACAGAUGAAGAAUUAUUCACAGCACAUGACGCAGCACGUUUAUUUAUGAUGAGUUUGAUACGUCGUCUUCGAGAUAUUUACGAUGUGCAGCUUGUGAUCACCACUGAAGUUCUUGAUGAAAGUAUUAUCGCGGCUUGCACACGUCAAAACAUCGCAUGCGUUCAAUAUGCUGAGCCUGAACAUAUUGAAGCUCUUUGUAUUUGCGCCGGGAUAACACCCCUCGCUAGUGUUUUUGAUGAUAUACAAGUGGCUGAACAUAUUGGUAAGUGCACGAAUGGAGUCAAUCGAAUGAAAUGCCAACAACAAGCAUGUUUACGACUGCGUGGGUUGUCAAAUUCAAGGACAAAAUGCAAUCAAAAGGUAAACGAUGAGCGCCGUUUUAAUGAGAUUAUGGUUCCACAGCUUUUGAUUCAUGCGCCAUCAAAAGGAGUGUAUAAACAGUAUUAUGCAGCAAUUAUCAAGAGUCUACGGGUACUCAGAUCCUGGUGGGAACCAGGCAAUGAUUGCGAUGUAAAUGUCUAUAGCUGCAGAGGUGGAGGAGCUACGGAAGUGGCCGUUGCAAGGUGGCUGCGUGUCGUGAGUACUUUGCGCUACAAUUUACGUGGAGUUAAUGCCAGCCAAAGAGGCGAACAAUCUUGCAAAAAGAAUCAGAGACAACAACUUUUGGACGGAUUUGCUCAACUCUGUCACAUCAAUCGAGAAACUCAUAGAGAAGAGUAUCCUGGAUAUACGCUUCACUCUCGAAAAAUUCAGACAGUGGCCGGACUUAUUUCAAUCCCUGAAGUUGUAAACGGUGAUCCUGCCAUAUUAGGAUUACUACAUCCAUGGAGACGUAUUGACACACUCUUGUUUCUCGUUCUCGAAAAUCUCGAGCAGGUUUUUAGAAUUGAUCAAGUUUUCUCGAAAAGAACUAAAAGAUAA